UGAAGAUGGUGCAUACUGCAAUGUACUCAACGACCCUAAUCUGUCAGACGAGGUAAUUUCUGCGCGCAUGCUCCAGUCCUUGACAAAUGCGCAUCCGUGUUACAGAAUUUAAGUCCUUGUCGUACUUCACGGACGUAGUGGAGUCGUUUCUGCAUCUCGCUGUCGCCAAGUCCAAAGAACUUUGGACCGAAAUUCGCUACGACCCUGUUACCACAUAUAUCCAUUUCGAAGAGGUCGUGCCACACAGUAAGCGAUAGUAUCGAUGGAGGUCAAUUAGGCACGGAGCUGACACUACGCUCUGCACGUUCGGCUCCAAGGUGUUCAGGGUGCUUUUUCAAGGUGGUUUUGAGCACACUCAGCGUAUAUGAAAUCUCUCCACUCCCUUCUCCUCUCCCGUUUGACUUUGCUUAUCCUAUACUCUGUAUCCGCAGGAAGCCCGAGAGGAGAGUUCCAGCACCUGCCUGGGUCCCUUGCAUCUCCCGUUGAACUUCAUGAUACGGAUCCGUGUCUGGCACCAUACUGCAUCAAGAGCUGUUGUAGUUACGUGGGCUGCGCUCCAUCCCGGUUUGUCCUGAAGUCGGUCACGGAUUGCUAAGCUGCUUGGCUUGUU